UGCCUGCGCAGGCAGUAAUUGGAGUAAGAGAGAAAAUCAAUUAGAGUGAAAGAGAUAGUAAAUUCAAAUUUGUAUGCUGCCUACUAGCUGUGAGAGCGCCUUUACACCUUUGGUUUCAUCACCUGCCGGUUGUCAUGGUAACCACAUAAGAGUAAGAGAGUCAGACAAUUCAAAUUUGAAAUUAUAUGUUUUCUCUCCCUUACUCUAGUUAUUUCACCAAAGCUGUGAGUGCGUCUUUAUGUGAUGAAACAAUGCGACAGUAAACGUAAAAUUCCAUCUGCCGACUAUAGUUAUAAAGGGAAAGAUAAACCAGAUAAACAUUCGGUUUUAUAGGAAAAUAAAAGAAAUUCAAUUUUUUUUCUUAAUUUUGUACCUAAUGUGUAUAUAUAGAUUUUGAAUCAAAAUCAUAAUGGAAUCGGAAUUUUUGGAUAUUAUGAACGAAAGAAAAAAUGCAAGAUACUUUUCUGAACUAAAAAAUCCUCUAGAACAAGCAUUACAAUUUGGUUCAAUUGUUGAAAUUAAAGACAUACUUUGUGAAAAAUAUCACGCAACAUUUUCCUCAGAGAAUGAUUGGGAGCAAAAAUGUAGACAAAUUAUUAAUAUUUGUUUGGAUAAAAAACUUGCCGUUAGCAUGGAUGGCACAAAGUAUUGUGCUUUAUUACAUUUUGUAAUAAAACAUCUUGACGAUGAUUUCGAAUCAGUUAUUAAUAAAUGUGAAGAUUUUGAUAUUAAUGCAUUAAAUGCUACUUUAAAUAUGCCGAAAGACGAUAAGUCAUUACUUCAUUUUGCGAUAGAAAAUAGAAAGCAGAAUGUAGUGAAAAUUUUACUAGAAUUUGGUGCAAAUGUGAAUGUAAAAAACUCCCUUUCACAGACACCUUUAUUUACAGCCGUUCUUUCUAGACAAAUAGAAAUAGUGGAAAUGCUUUUAAAAGCUGGAGCGGAUGUUAAUGCGGAAGAUUUUAGAAAUAUGAUGCCAAUAAACUAUGUCUUUGAUGAAGACGAAAAUUGUAAUUUCAAUUGUGGUGAAAAAUGUGAACCCUGGGAAUUAGUACUUCUCUUGUGUGAAUAUGGAGCUGAUUUAAAUUUCGACAAUGAAAAUGGCUCAAAGACAUUGAUUUUGGCUUGCAGAAAGGGCUGUAAAAGGGAUGUAGAAUUUUUAAUGCUACAUGGAGCUGAUUUAUUCUCCUGCGAUGAAGACGAUAUAACGGCAAUACAUUCUGCAGCUAUAGGAUAUAAUUACAAACUUGUGGACUUUCUAUUGCGUAGGGGCGCUGAUAUUAAUAAUGAAGAUUUAGUUCAUGAAAGUCCUAUUCACGAUUUGGCAAAUGCUUCAAACAAAAUUUAUAAUGUACUAAAAUUUUAUGGAGACAAAACAUUUGAAGCUUAUAGUGUCCUAUGGAGUUUAGAUUAUGUAGAUGAUGAAGUGAAAAAAUCGGCAGAUAUGAUAGAAUUUUUAGCGGAUAAUGGCGCAGAUAUAAAUACUUUUAACACUGAACACAUUACUCCAUUAAUAUUCAGCGUUCUUUGCAAUUCUCUUGAAACCACCGAAUGCCUUUUGGCGUUAAACGCAAACAUUUACAAUAAUUUAGAAGUUCCGUAUUAUUAUCGUAAGUAUCCUGAAAUUCAUGUGAACACAGAUUUUUCUUCUGAUAAAAUAACAUCGUGGGUACUGUUUACGGCAUUUUUAGCGCUUAAAAAUAUCAAUGUUUAUGAUUUUACUAUCUCAUCGAAUGUUUUUGAUUGGGUGCAUUCUUUUUAUGAAGAGUGCAAAGAGGAAGUAAUUAAAAUGCAAAAAAGAAGAAUAUGGGCAGAUCGAAAAGUUUCAUUUUUUGAUUUCAUAAAUGAAGAUUUGAUGAGUGUGACAAAAUAUUUCAGAAAUUGUGAUGUAAUGUCUGUUUUGAAAUCUGAAAAAUAUGAGGAAUGUCCACGUUACAGAUAUAUUUUUGAAAAGCGUAUAGAAAGAGUUGAGAAAAUGAAAAAUUGUCAAAAUGUUUUUAUUUGUUUUCUCAAGGAGUUUUUUAAGAGAAAUUUACCAAGCGUAGUAAUUUAUAAAAUAAUUAAUUACUUGUCAGCUGGGGAUCUUCGCAAUUUUGGAAGAGCAUUCUGUGUGUAACGUAAAAAUCACCGAAUGGAAAAUAUUUCAGAUAAAUAAGAAUAAGAAAAGUAUUGUUGACAAUAUUUUUUUAAAAUUUGUAAUAAUUACUAGGUAAUUAUGUA